CAUACCAAAAGUGGCGGGCAAUUACAGAUUUUGUUAUGGUAUUUCUUUUUUGUUUUCCUUUGUCACAAUGUACGGAUAAACACAACUGACAGCUCACCGCCAAUCACCGCACUUACAUACGCGCCUUUGGAGUGUGAUAGCAUUUUCUUGCUAUUGCUUUUUUCUUCAUUUUUAUGUUUUACCAAUCAUAAGUUUUGUAUUUUCGCCAAGUCAAUAAUUAUACAGUCAGCCUAUUUCGGUAUUUCGGAGCAUUUAAUGCAACAAUCGAAAGUCAUGCACUUUUGCCGUAUAUGCCGUACGGAAAAGAAUCUUAAAUACACUGUGAAAGAGCUCCGGAAAUGUAGUCAAAAGCGAUGUAACGAUAAUUUACUUUACACUACGCCUACAUUAGGCAAUAUUUGUCACGAUUGUGAAGAGCGGCUGCACAAUUUUCACAGAUUGAAUGAGAACGAAGAUAAUGAGGAACGGAUAAUCGUCGAUGACGACGAAUUAUUGUACAAUUUAUUUUUCGAAAAAGUGGAACAGCACCGCCUAAUGAAACGCUUAAUGGUCGUGGGAGCAGGCGGCGGUGGAGGUGAAUGGAAUACUACGAGCUUACGCCAACAAACUUUGGUAGCAGCUACGGCUGGUGUAGCUGUCAACAUUGGAGACGAAGUUAUUGAAGUACUGACGUCACGCGAAAAUACUCCUUCCCCUGCGCUACCAAUAUCCUCGACACCAGCAGGUGCUGUUCAUCCAGCCGGUAAAAAACGUACCAUCGUUUCCCCCAAAAAGGAAAUUACUGCCACCAUAACCAGAAACGAAAAAGAUAGUGUAAAUAUUACUGCCACAGAAAAUACUACCUCAACUAGAAACACUGCCACAACAAAAAGCAUAACAUCAAAUCUUACCGAUAAAUGCACUCCAUAUAAAGUUUUGGCCGUAAUUGAUUUGGACGAUGACGAAGAUUUACAAGCAGACAAAGUUCCUGUACUGCCAACGCCUGAAAAAACACCAGACACAGAUGAAGAGGAAAUCGUCUUUCGGAAGGUUGAGCUUGCUAAUGACAAAGACACCCGCAAGGAUGAGAGGAGAGGAAACCAGAAAUCUCGAAAGGGGAAAUACCAACACGGUCAGAUGAAUCUAAUUGCCAGUCUAAGUUUGGUCUCAAGUGACAGCGAAUCAGAUGUUCAAGUUACUGACUCGGAAAUUAGUCCCAUCAAACGGAAUGACACGACAAUCACCGACAACAAUAAUACAACUCAGUUUUCUCCUCCCUUGGGUUGUAUUAAUAAUAUUAAAGCAGUAUCCCCUCCAAUUUUGUUGGAGAAUAUGCAACGACAAGAAUGCUUUGAAGCUGCCGUUAAAUGUCCAGUUUGUCAGACAGAAUUUACCGACAGUCAGCGCUUAAUCCACCACAUGCGUCGAAAGCAUCGUUCCUACAAUGGCCAAGUUUUGUCGGAACGUCCACGUUGCGCACAGGAUUCCGCUAUGACUAUAAGAUUACGAUAUAUGCAACGAUAUAUGUAUUAUGAAUGCCAACUUUGUGGCUGCAUUGAUGCCGUUUUUAAAAUACAUAAGGAGCAUGUUAUGCAAAAACAUGCCGAAGAGUCGAAAUCUUUGAAAGAUCCCAUGAUGCAAACGCUCAAAUGCCCAGUGUGUAAAGAGAAAUGCGGUUCACAACAUACAGAACUUUUGCGGCACAUGUUGCAUGCUCACAAAGCAACAGAAUGUCGCGAACAUUUUCGCCAAAUUACCAAAUUUCGGAAUUUGUUUCCCAACUGUGGUGCAAAGAAGGAGAAAGAACUAAAACAUACGGCGCGUAUAUAUCAAAUCACCUCGCGCAAACAAUACUUCUUCGAAUGCAUAGAAUGCCUGAAAAUUGUUACCGGUUAUUUUAAUUAUGUCAAACAUCAGAAUACACACAUUAAAUUGGUUCACACGAAAAGUACAGAAACACUUGUUUCCGAAACAGAUUCCACAACGACAGCACGGUCUUCAACAGAACCAGAACUGAAACGGGUAAAACCUAUUUGCGCGGAAACAAAAGCUAAAUUUGAAAAGCCAAAACCUCUCUUAACGUCGAAAGAACUGAAUGCGAAGCGGAAAGUGUCGGUUCCACAACAGAUCGUUGCACAGAAAAGCACACAACCACAGCCACGUCGCGAACGAAAAUUAACCAAAAAGGCUGUACAAGCAGCGCUUGUUAAGGUUAAGGUGAAGCCACCGCUGAAACAGUUGCCGGCACAACGAUACAAGUGCAACUAUUGUGUACAACAAUUUAAAGGAUUCCAUCGCUUGAACUUGCAUUUACUACGGGUUCAUGCGUUUUAUGACGGUCAUUUGCGUUGUGGAAUUUGUAUGUUGCGCUUUGUGAGCAACAAAGAGUGUGAAGAGCACGAACGAAAUCGGCACCAUUGUAAACAAAUGCGCAAAAUAGUAACGAAUAGCUUGCCAGAGACCAAUGAAACGUCUCAGGAGGAUGACACCGCAAUAAAUGCAAAACGACAGCGCUUGAAUAGCGAAUCUAGUAAAAUUGAAUUUGAAUCUAAAAUAGAAAUUUCCAAGCCUGAAAAUACGACGGAUGUUACAAAUGCAACAUGGCUACAGGAAUUGCUUUCGUUAGCGGUGAAAAAGCAAACUCAAAAUUCCAACACUGCCAACAAUAGUAAAAGCUAUGAUAACGCAAUAACCGGUUGUACUAAUCCAAAAGUGAGUCAAGAAAAGCGCGUUAUAGACAGGAAAAAUGAAAUUAAUGAAUAUGCGAUGGCUACUACUUCCCACCAGUGCCUUUACUGUAGCCAUCUCUUCAGCAGUCUUUCAAAAUUGCAAUCACACGAAAUUGAGCAUGUACAGCAACGUGAUGUCAAAAUAUUCCAACGCCGUGUAAUUGGUGUUAUUUCAGAAUUACAAACACACGAAAUCAAGCAAGUACAACAACAUCAAGUUAAAAUGUAUAAACGCCGUGCAAUUAGUCAUGUAAUCUCAACGACAGUUGCAAGAUGAGUUAUGAGCC